CAACUCACCAAGUCUGCCAAAUUAGUGCUGUAUUCAGGCCCGGUGCCUCCUGUCGCUCUUUAACUCUAUUGGCCCCAAACCCCUAGGAUCUUGUGGGCUUCUGUGGUGGAAUCGAUCUCCAAGUCUUUCGACACCCGCCCGCUUCAGAUUGUUCCCGCGCUACCUUUGUGCGAUGCCUUCACUCACGAACUCCCUCCCUUUCUCCCCAGCCGAGCUUGCGUAUCUGCAUACCUCCCUCUCCUCCAUACCGCCUCUGCGCCCAGAUGCGCGGUCUCUGCCGACCGACUUCCGACCACUGAGAGCAGAGACAGGUGUACUUCCGGCUGUGAACGGUAGCGCACAUAUUGGGUUCAGCGAUGGCCGUGAAGCCAUCGUGGGCGUCAAGCUCGAGGUAGAAAAGACUGCCGGAGGAAACAGCGUGUCGAAUCCGGAAGAUGGCGCGAUGGACAUUGACGCAGACGACAAGGGUCAGAACAAGGGUCAAAAACGUGGAAAGGGAAAAUCCGAGUGGGUAACUAUUACGCUCACGCUCCCGGGUCUUCGAGACGACGAUGCAAACUUGGUGUUUCUGGAGGAAAUGCUUCGUGAGCCGUUGGCAGUGCCGUCUUCUUCGAACGCCACAUCGCUGCAGGACAGCUUGAUCAUCAAUUCCCGGUGGCACUGGCACGUCUACAUCGAUGUCCUUCUCAUUUCACCAAAUGGACUUGCAAGUUACCCCCUCCCGCUCUUGAGCAUGGCCACACAUCUGGCAUUACGCGACACCCGCAUUCCAAAGCUCAAAAGCGAGGGCGAAGAAGAUCCCAUUGCGGAUGAUGAUUGGAUGGCAAGCACGUACCUUUAUCCACGAACCACACCACUCAGUGCAAGACCUCCUGUUACGCUUCUUGUCGUCGUGAUCGGCGACAAUAUCAUUUUCGAUCCCAGUCGAGAGGAACUCGCCGUUGCGGACGGUAUCAUCGCCGUCAGUGUUGGGGACACAGCGAAGGAGGCAGAGUUUCAACUGCUUGCGACACGGAUGAUCGACACUCCUGCGAGAGACACCAUGAAGGGUGUGCCGCUGUCCGGCGAGGCAGAGGAAGGGGUUGAUGUGCCUGGUGUUUGGCGGCCGAGGAUUGGUGGUGUCAAGAGAACUCUGCUGAAGAAGGUGGUCAAUACUGUGCUUACUGGGGGUGUGGCUCAGGAUGUUAUGAGCGGCCUGGAUGGAUUUCUGAGCGCCGAGAUGAAUGCUGAGACUGGUACGAGCAUGGGAUGAGGUGAACGACUUGUGAACCGACGACCCUUGAACCGACGACCCUAAGUCAGAUUUUGCCAGAACGAAGGGGAUCUGAAACCCAUGAGCAACCCACAAGCCUUGUCAAUGGCCUCCUCGAUGUCACUAAGAUGCGAUAAAUCCGGUGCAUCUCGGAGAACAGUCAAACAGCAAGAGAACGGACUCUGCCAACUCACAUUGGCUGCCGGCGGACCGUGCGAGACUGUACAACCGUCAUCUGGAAGACAUUCGGAUCUCUUCUUUGUCCAACCCUAGGCAGUUCAGGAGGUGGCCCACAGAAGCACUUCAAGACAACCUGGGCAUUUCCGUCGGCCAGCAUAUGCCCACAGUGAUAUUCGAAGCUGGUUUCAGCCCUAGUCGAGAAUCUGACCAUUGGCGGAAAGCCGACACGGGAUUCAAUGAAAAAGCCGGGUUUGUGGCGGACGAGCCCAUUUGAAUGUUUUCUUCAUCGUCACGAGCUAUCUUACAAGAACUUGUUGGGUCUAUGGUGGAUUCUUGCCAUGGGCAAAAGAUACAAGACCACUCUGGCGCCGCUACCAUCUCGAGUCAGGGAGUCAAUUUGCAGCACGAAUGCUGAAUGCAUUAUGCAGUAUGUGAUAUGUGGAUAUGGGAUAGCAGAAGGCUGCUCCUGCUCUCGACCAAUACUUUUUUCAGGUUUCCCCUUCGACAAACAAAAUGCUGACUCCAGAUUUUAUAUCAUCCCUUCCAAAUCACUUCCGUACGCACUGAUGCCACUACGCCGGUUGGUGCUGUAGGUUAUGGUUUUCUUUCACCGACCAGAUUUUGACACCCACAUCCCCUCUUUAUGCCCUCUCGCUUUGCAACACGCCAUACUGGCCCUGCUCACCGGUCUGGCUGUCAUGGCCCUUCUGUCUGGCACGGCCUCCUUCGACACCAGCCUGGCCCAACUCGCCGAUGGGGUCCUCGUUGCGGCCCAGGAACUCACGCUCGGCCAAUCGGCCGGGGUCAUUGACGGUGCCGAUGGCGCCGGUGAAGGUCUUGGUCUGGGGGAUGCUUUGCGAGACGUCUGCGUCGUCGAGGUUCGCGCCCUUGGGUUUGAAUGUGUUCUCGGGCAUGGCGGCGCCCGUGACGGUAGAUGUGUAUCCCGGGGCGGCGUCGACGUGGGGACGGACGCCCGUGCCGGCGGCUGGACCUCCGGCACCGCUGCUGCUGCUGCUGCCUUUGGAGGUGUUGAUAUCCGAGCCGGAGCGGAUCUGGGACUGGUCGAUCCCGCCGGCAGAGGACGAUGUGGUCGAAGCACCAAAGUCGCUCUCUCCCGCCGGUCGACCAGUUGAACCGCCGUACCCGCCACCUCGUUGCUGGAAAGCAUUCGAUUGCCCACCCGCAUAGGCACCUUGGUCGCUGUGCGCACCGUCGAAUUGUGCCUUGCCCGCCGCGUCCGGGUAUUUCAGGCCCGCAACCCCCCUCUCGUCGGCCCCCGCGCCCAGAGCCUCUCUCCUUCCACGCUCGCUGCCUGACACGGCCGGAGGCAGCGUCGACGCCCCCGACGUGUCUGUGUUGUUGAGCGUGGACUGGUCGCCCCGGACGCCCAGCGGGUGGGCCGAAGUGUUCUCGGCAAAACCCCCGUGGCUCUUGAGCGAUUCCGCCGCGAGAGAGUCCGAGGCGAUGGGCCCGGUCGGCUCUUGGGGGAUGUUGUUGGGAUCGGGCUUGGGGGCACGCGGGUCUGCUGUGAAAGACAUGGUGGAAUUUGGCCGAACUGUUUGUUGGUGGGAGAAGGAGGAGGUACAAGUAGAUAGCAGCAGACGUAGCGCGCUUCAACGGAUCUGUUUUUCGACCUUGGUUGCUUUGGGUUUUUGAAUUCUCUUCAGGUGACAAGAACACGAGGUUUCAGGACAAGUUUAUAUGAUUUAGAGGAGAAAAUGAAGAAGAAAAGAG